GCUGACAGUGAGACACCAUAAAGGCAUCAAACAGGAGUCGGCUGCAUUGCAGUGUUUACCAGUUCACCUACUUCAUCCACCACCGGGAGACAUACACACGGCCCCGAAACCAGCGGAGUCAUGCUGCUUCUAACUCUGCUUUUCGUCUCGUCAGCUGUUGCCACCCCUCUGCUUGGCACAGAGCAGUGUGCUCGUGGCCCCCCCUACUGGUGUCAGAAUGUAAAGACAGCAUCUCUGUGUGGAGCAGUGACUCACUGCCAGCAGAAUGUAUGGAACAAACCUCAGAUGAAAACGGUGCCAUGUGAUCUGUGUAAAGAGAUCUUAAUUGUGGUGGAACAAAUUCUGAAGGACAAUGCCACUGAGUCUGAGGUUCUUGGAUACCUGGAGAAAGCCUGCCAGCUCAUCCCUGAUAAAGGUUUGACUGCAGAGUGCAAAGAGAUUGUAGAUGACUACUACCCCAUCCUUAUGGGAAUCAUUACUGGGGAGCUGGAGGAUCCCUCUGUGGUCUGUGGAGCCAUGGGACUGUGCAGCUCUGAGCAAGCAGCCCUGGCUCAGAUUCAGGAUCGGGAGCAGCUCCUGUCCAAUGAAAUCCCAAAGGUUGAUCUUGCCCAGCCAAUGGCCCCCUUCAUCCUUAAUGUCCCCCAGCUCCUCUAUCCUCAGGAGAGCCCCAAGAAGGAGGAGCCCAAACAGGAGACCCCAAAGCAGGAAAAUGAUCUUGUGUGUGACGACUGCAUCAAGUUCCUGACUGAUGCUCAGAAAGAGGCCAGAGAAAAUAGCUCAUACAUCAACACUUUGAUUCAGAAUAUUGAGAACCAAUGUGACCAGUUGGGACCAGGCAUUGCUGACAUGUGUAAGCAGUAUGUCAGCCAGUAUGGCCUUUUGGUCUUCCAGCAGCUCAUGUCCAUGGAAGAGCAACCCAAGGAUAUCUGUAUCCGUUCUGGCUUCUGUGCUGCUAUGAAGAAGUCCAUGCCCAUGCUGAAUCUGCAGGCUGCUAAGACUGUACCUGCAGCUAAGAUGGUACCUGCUGCCAAGGUGGUACCUGCUGCCAGGCUUUUCCCUGCCACAAAGAUCGAGGAUACACCUGCCAAGUCUGCAAAGCCUAUGGUGCGUGCACGUGACUCCCCAACAUGCACCAUCUGUCAGUAUGUGAUGAAACAGCUGGAGGAUAUGUUGGAGGAUCACACAACAGAGGAGGAGGUGAUCCAUGCUGUGGAGAAGGUGUGCACUUAUCUGCCCCAGAGUAUGAGCGACGAGUGCAAGGACCUCAUUGAGACUUAUGGUCAGGCAAUCAUCGAGCUGCUUGUGCAACAGGCUGAUCCUAAGACUGUCUGCACUGUUUUGGCACUCUGCAACGAACGCAGCCGCAUGUAUGUUGCUGCACUAGACCAGACUCGUUUCAAGGCUGGUGGUUACUGUGAGGUGUGCAAGGCCGCCGUCAGAUACAUCGAUGGCAUUCUGGAGCAGAACGCCACUGAGGCAGACAUUGAGGAGGCUGUGAGGAAAGUCUGCAGCUUCCUGCCAGACUCAUAUCGAUCUGAGUGUGACAGCCUCGUGGAACAGUAUGAGCCAGUGCUUGUCCAGCUACUGCUCCAGAUGCUGGACCCAGACUUUGUGUGCAUGAAAGUAGGAGCAUGUCCUGAAGCUGUGAAGAAGCUGCUGGGAACAGAGCAGUGCAGCUGGGGUCCUGCAUUCUGGUGCAAGAACAUGGAGACAGCAACUCUGUGCAAUGCUGUGUCUCACUGCAAACGUCAUGUGUGGGUAUAGAUGACGAGAUCAGCACCAACUGACCUGUAGGGAACUGAAAGAUAAAUUACUGUAGUGCUGCUUCCCACUUUUAAUUUUAUUUGUCUUGUUUUCUCAUAGACUUAAAUGACUGCAAUUCAUGUUUAAAUUAACUUUAUUUUGAAUGACGUCAUGGUGGAAAGGGACUGGACAUUAGUUUUUUGGGGUGGGUGGGGUAGGGGAGCAGUGAAUUGCGCCUGUUGAUGCUUCACUUUGGGCAGAGGAUACAAAAUUCCACUGUGGUUUUUCAGAUUUGCAUCAUUUGAGUUGACUUUCCAAUAUUGCUCGCUUGAUCUGACGUGUAUGAGUGUGCGGGAAUGCAGAUUUCAGUUUCAUAUGUAUACUAUUAACAGACCACCAGAUGUUACUGUUGUGAUAUGUUCCCAGACCCCCACCCCACCUGUAUGAGAAACCCUCUCUGUGGUGAAACUGACACACAGAACUACUCAGUGUUUCGAAUGAUUGGCAUUACAUUUGGAAGUAUGCCUGAUGCUUAAAUUGAUAUUUUGUAGACGGAAAAUGUUUUCUUGUGUUCUUGUUUUUUAAGGCGCUGAUGUAAAGGUAGUAAGAUGACCUCAUCUGUCAUUGUUUGCACUCUUCCAACUGUUUGUAAAUCAGUCUUUCUAACAUGUGGAAAGCAUCUUUAACUCAGUUGUCAACCUUUUACCUGAAGCCAACUGUCAGUUGUAAAUUUUUAACAAUUAAAGUGAUCCAAAUGUA